UCGGUUGUCGCCCGUCCGCGUCGUUCCCCCAACUGCCUUAUAAGCAUUUUAUUCCGUGCAUUUUAAAUUGUUCUAUCCGUACGUGUUUCCGUGUGUGCCCAUGUGCCGUGUUGAUAACUCCGUGAAAUGCAAAUGAUCUGAUCGAUGAGCAGCAGCUACAAGCCCCGCAGCAGCGACGAGGCCCUCGCCGAGCAGAUCAGCUUAGCCCGUGCCGGAAGUGGCACCCAGCCCCCGGCCACGCCCACCUACCGCCAGAUAUCCGGCGCCAUGGCAACCCUGCCGCGCCAUGAUAACAACCACAAUCACAACAACAGCAACUCGAGCCGCCUGCGCAGCGAUUCCACAGCCACGUCGCGAACCUGCGUCUAUAUUGGUGGAACGCCAACGGGCGGCGGAACCGGAAAUGGCCAGAUAUCCGUGACCUUGGACCGCCGACAGCCGCAGCGAAUGUCCUGGCUGAAUAUGCGACGGGCCAAGGCCAGCGAGGCGGACCUGCCCACCGUCACGCCCUCGCCACAAACCACUCGCAGCUGCAUCUCCACGGUGUCCAGUGUGGUGGACAGUGGUGGCGGCCGCACCACCGCCACUUCCGGUCGCAUCAGCUCCAGCGGCAUCGUCACCCUGAGCGGCAGCAACAACACACUGAGCGAAAUCCAGGGCGGCUACCACGACAUGGAUCACGACGCGGUGUCCAAGAACUUCUCCGUUUCGGCCUCGGCCCACUCCGCCCACAACAUCACCACAGCGAGCAAUGCCAAACUACUGCCAGCCGUCGAGGAUGAGGCCAACAAACAGACGAAAUGCUCGGUGUUCCGUGGGCUCGUGCUCUGUUUGUGCCUGAACCUGAGCUACGCGAACGUGGUCCGCUUCCCACGCGAGUUGGACCGCUACGGGUCGGCGUACCUGGUGCCGUAUGUGGUGUUGCUGUUUCUAGUCGGCCUGCCCAUGAUUCUGCUGGAGAUUUCAGUGGGCCAGUUCCUGGGCCAGGGGGCGGCGCACACCUGGCGCGCCUCGCCCAUUUUCAAAGGAGCCUGCAUCAUCAGUCGCUUUGCCUCUUGGCUCUCGGCCAUUUGGGUGUCCCUGCAGGCCGUGCUGGCACUGGCCUACAUCGGAAUGUUCGCCUCGAAUGACCUGCCAUUCCGGGAGUGCGCCGGACCCGUGAAGCUGAGACAGAGUGGCUACCUCCUCGAGGGAACCAGUGGACAACAGUGCCUGCAGCAGACCUUUCUCACUCCCUUCUGGCGAAAUCCUAUGUACUUUGGUCUCCUCUCAGCGGGAUUAAUAGGUCUCUGGAUCGUGGUAAUGCUGUGCACCCAUAAUGCCAAGAUCCUGAGGCGCAGCAUCUUUGUCUUCGGACUGGUUGGCCUGGUCCUGCUUUGCACCCUCACCGGUUGGGAGGUGCGCAACUCCUUCAGUCGUCACUACUUCCCAGAACUCUGGGGCUUCGAUGCCAGUUUGCUGGCCGAGAGCAACAUCUGGUUCAAUGCCCUCAUGCAGGUCCUCUUCUCGGUGAACUGCGGCUUUGGAGCCCUGCCCAUGGUGACUGGAAAGUUCCUUUACAAAGGCGACGCCGUGAGAACCUCGGUGGUUUACCUCUGCUUCAAUCUGCUGAUCAACGCCAUUGCCGUGACCCUGUUCAUGGUGCAGUUCGAUCUCUCCGCAAAUGGUUACCAGAAUACGGAGGAGCUGAAGCCGCUGACAGCCAUCUAUGAUCGGGUUUUGAAUGGCUCGCGGGAGGGCGAUAGUCAUCUGUUGCAGCAUCUGGUUCCUUCGCUGAUCUACGCCCUCAUCAUCCUGGCGGCCAUGGUCUCCAUCACGGUGGCGGUCUACACCUCCACCCGUCUCGUGCCACGACGCCCCAACUAUGUGAUCUGCCUGAUUGGACUGGUGGUGGCGGUCAUUUCGUUUGCGGCGCCCAAGUUCCUCAUUGCCCGCGUGCUGGACUCGCGACUGGUGGGCACCAUGGUGGUGACUGCUCUGGUCUUCGAGCUAAUUGCCAUUACCUGGAUCUACGGGGCCAAGAACAUCUACACCGAUCUGGAGUUCUCCAUCGGACGUCCCAUCUUUCGUGUCUGGAUGUGGCUGUGGGUCAUCUGCCCGGCCAUUCUCACCGGCAUCCUGGUGUGGUGGUGUGCCGACGACGAUCAGUAUGAUUUGCUGGCCGAAUAUCUCCCACGUUGGGCGCCAAUUCUUUUUGUCCUAGCCGUUAUUGUGAUCAUUGCCUGUGUGCAGAUCUUCCGGCAGGUGGAGUACAAUUUCUUCGGCAUGAUCUGCGAGGCCUCCAAGCCGGCCAAGGAGUGGGGUCCGGCGGAUCCGCUGGCCCGUCAUUCGUGGAAGCAGUGGCGCUCCGUCUGCCAGGACACAGGACGCAGGGACUUCACUCUGAGGCGCCGGGGCACCCGGGACUACACGCACUCCAUCAAGAAGGGUCAGUACUCCAGUGCCACGAAGUAUGGCGUACAGAAUGGCAAUCAAACCCAGACGCCCAUGCAUCAGCAGCACUGGAAGUCCUCGACGCCGGGCAACAGUUCACCCAACUACAGUGGCUCCAUGUUUGGGGACUCGGCCAUCGAGGAGGACAUCAGUGUGGAUAAGUUUCCGGGAAUUACCCGGGAACAGCAGUAUGUGCCCUUCCAGGCGAGCGAUUCGAAGCCCACGCGGUAUUCCCAGCGAAUGCGGCAGACUGCUCAGCCGCAGACGCAGAUGCGACCACCGCCGCCGGCGAGGGAAUCGGUGGAGAAGCAUCGCGAGGUGGUCUACAUACGCCGCCUGUCCGACGGAGGCAGUGGAUCGCAUGCCACGCGGAUAGAGAUUUCGCCCUCGAACGAGUCCAUCACCUAUGGCAAUGGCAAGAGCAACAAUAACUCCACCUCGGCCAUGUCCCGCAAUCCGCUGGGCCGCUCCACGGGCUGCCUGGCCGCUCCCGCCCAACAGCCGCCGCCGCCCAGCGUCCAUGUUAAGCGUUCGGCCAGCUCGGUGGUCAAUGUCAAUUCACACAAGCUGCCACCACCGGCGAAUGCGGGUGGUGCAGCGGAUCACAUUUGCUGGCGGAAGUUCAACGUGAAUCCAGAAGAGUAUUCCACGGAGCUGUGAAACGAGGCGAGAGUCCAUAGGAGGAGGAAACGAAGCAUUCACAUUCAAAAAGACUUGUUGCAUCCAAAACAAACGUAUCUGUAUCUGUAAUCCGCAAUCCGUAGUCCGUAUUGCACCUAAGGCACACCUAAUUGUAACGUGUAUCUUCUAGUUGCGAGCUGUAAAUAGAGAGAGAGAGAGAGAGUGAAAGGCGUCCCUAGAUAUAGUUCUACGAUCUAGUUCCUUAGCUUAAGUCGAGAAAAUUCCGUUGUCAUUGUUCUAAAUCUGGAAAUCAGGAGCAGGAGGAGUAGAAGUAUACAUUUAGUCUAAGCACAUUGAACUAUCAUGGAUUCGAGUGCCUGAAAAACAUGAAAUAACCUAGCCUAAGCAUCCAUUGUAAAGUUACAAAACCACAACGAUUUCGAAAACGAUCUUAUGUAAUAAAUAGUACGAUUAGUAAAUUAUGAAA